CCGGGGCUUGAGUUUCCUGCUCUUGCCACAUUGAAGCAGUAAAGGUAGGGGACGGCAGAUGGUUCCGCUCUCCAAAAUGACUUUUCUGACAUAGUUAGCCGCAUGUGUGCGCCUCGUCUGGGUGGACACGAGGAUAUUCAACCUCCCGGGUCGUGCCUGAACCUUCUUCGCCUCCCAGGGGUCAACUUGACGGAGCCCCGCUGCGACCAGCAACAAUGCCACAUUGCCUGUGGCCGGAGCCGCUGUCACCCGCACAGCUUAGACGUCUAGAGGACCACAAAUACAGCGCCUCCGGCCGCUCCUUAUUUGAACCGCCGUGCCAAAUAUACUGGAAUUGGUUAGUCCAGCAGAUUCCGACGUGGGUUGCGCCCAACACGCUAACCAUAAUAGGACUCGUAGUGAAUAUUAUUACAACUCUUAUUUUGGUCUAUUACUGCCCAUCUGCAACCGAGGAGGCACCGUCGUGGGCCUUCAUCCUGAGUGCGUUGGGUCUGUUCAUCUACCAGUCUCUGGACGCCAUCGAUGGGAAGCAGGCCAGACGCACCAAUAGCAGCUCUGCUCUGGGCGAACUCUUCGACCAUGGCUGUGAUGCCGUCUCCACAGUGUUCGUUGCCGUGGGAACCUGCCUGUGCUGCGGGAUUGGGCGGUACCCUAAUUGGAUGUUCUUCUGUGGUUUCGUGGGCAUGUUCAUGUUCUUCUGCGCCCACUGGCAGACCUAUGUCUCCGGCACGCUACAGUUCGGCCUGGUGGAUGUGACUGAGGUGCAGAUCGCCAUCACCAUCAUGUACGUGAUGUCCGCCUUUGGUGGAGUCUCGCUCUGGCAAACCGUGUUGCCUGUGCUCGGUGUGAAGUUGUACGUCUUCCCCAUCAUUGGAAUCAUCGGAGGCUUCCUGCUCUCCAGCUACAACUACUUCCAUGUCAUCCUGAGCGGAGGCGUCGGCAAGAACGGCUCCACAGUAGCAGACACCAGUGUGCUGACCCCCGGCCUCCACAUCGGCCUCAUCCUCUCCCUGGCCUUCAUCAUCUUCAAGAAGUCCUCCAGUGCGCUCUUCGAGCUGCACCCCUGCCUGUACGUCCUCACCUUCGGGAUGGUUAUCGCCAAGAUCUCCAACAAGCUGGUGAUUGCCCACAUGACCAAGAGUGAGCUGUACCUCCCUGACACAGCCUUCAUUGGGCCAGGCCUCCUCUUCCUCAACCAGUACUUCAACAGCUUUAUCGACGAGCACAUCGUCCUGUGGGUCGCCAUGAUCCUGUCCGUGGUGGACCUGACACGCUACUGCACCGGCGUGUGCCUGCAGAUCGCCUCGCAUCUGCGCAUCCAUGUGUUCAGCAUCACAGCGCAGGCCCCGCCCAAAUCCAGAUCCAAGAGCGACUGACGAUUUGCCCGGCGGGAGGAGGCGGCGGGGAGGUGGGACGACGAUGGCUCCGCCUCCCUGCUCUUAAAAGCAGAAGAGGAGCACCAAGACCCCUCGAACCAAAACCACAACAGCCUUGACUCUGUCACCACCUCCAAUUAACCUCAACCCCUUUGUUUUGUUUUUUGCUUUGUUCUUGUUUUAAAUCUGUUUUGGUAAAGAAAAGCUAGGUUAGGACCAUUUCUCAUGAACAACCAGCAGCAAACAUGUUAAUGUUCAAGAAGUUGAACACUGGAAUAUUCUCAUUGGCUAAAAAACACAGUAUGGAGGCAGUUGCCGUCCACAAACUGUGCUGGAAUCUCGCUUAGUGAAACAUUUCAGACUUCUAGGUAUUUCUUACUUUUAAGUCGAAGUCAGUGAUAUUUUUGUUUAGUAAUUUAGUAUACGAAUAUAGCAGACAGGUUUCUUGUCUGUAUUUCUACAUAAUUAGUUAGUAUGAAAUCCAAACCACUUUUCUCCUGAAAUGAAGAAUUUACUGGUCACUGCCUUACAUGGGUUAACUCCAAUCAGCAAAAACCUGCCAAUGACACUGAAUUGUCUGUGAGCACUUGGUCGUACUCAUCUAUCUACAGUUUGUCUAUCUUAAAGAUAACUACUAUGCCUUGACACUAGCAUAGUCAGUAGAGGUACAUGCAGUAGGUAGCUACAACACUACAAAUCAGCAUCAGUUUGUUAUUUGGUCCAGGCAAAAUAGUGAAGUCAGUGGUCUGUAUCCUAGUUCACAUGAGCAGUGGUAUUAACCAGUCUUUCCAUUAUCAGCAUUUUAUUUAUUUAUUCAUUUUUUGGAAAUCUGACUGAAUCGGGUGCGAAUUGAGAAUCUCAAUGAGGUCUGGGUAUAUAUAUAUAUAAAUAAAAAAACAAUGUUUUUUUGAGGUUAAUUCCCAAAAGAAGUGGACUGGAAUGUUUGGGACUCCGUCUCCUCUGCAGAGAGAGAGAGAGGACCAGCUUCCUGUUCACUGCGUGAUCUACUGUCAAGGACUGUGAGAGAGAGGGGCGGGACCAUCCGUGUGUGCAUCUGUUGAGGACAGAGGAGGACUUCACUUUGUGGGACUUUAUGUCUAACCCCCUAACACACACACAGAAGGACAUUUUUUUUCCAGGACUUUCUGAUGUUUAAGAACGACCACCUUCAUAUACACCCUUUUGUGAGUCCCAUACUGUUUGAGGAAGCAGAAAUACACACACACACUCUCCUCCUCCUGCUUUUAAUCAUCUCCUCCCUAAAGGGCUAAUCAUUAAAAAAAUAAAGUUUUAUGUGAUUUAAUAAA